CGCACAGCCAGACCCCGGUCCCAUGAGCCUCGGCUUCAGGACUCCAUCCAGCGGCCCAGCCAUUCCCCCCGAACCGAACGGCAACCAACCUGCCAUUUGUUUCCACUUCCUGUCAUCCCAUCGCAUUCAGUCUCCUUCAAUAAUUAUUCCAUCAACCGCCAUCUGCCAUCGCGUCGCGACUGUUCCGGCCGUCUGCCUCUUCCUCUCGUCUCGCCAGUCCCAAGGAAGGAACAUCAUCUGUCGCAUUUCUAUUAAACAACAUCAGAAAUGGCCAUCCGCGAGGACCUGGUCGCUUCAGCGGCGCAGUUUCUUCAAGACCCCAGUGUCGCCGCCUCGCCAAUCGAGAAGCGCAUCGCUUUUCUCCAAGCAAAGAACCUCUCCCAGGAAGAAGUCAGCGCUGCGCUCGCCCGCGCCGAAUCAGGAGGUCCACCGCCACCGUACGCCCAGUCGCCCGCCUAUGCUCAGUCGGCCGGACCCGUCGCAGCACAGGGUGGUUCUCCGCAGUACUAUGGCUAUCCCCCAUACGCAUGGCCGCAGUCGACUACCGAGGGUCCCAGGCGGGACUGGAGGGACCUGUUCAUUUUGGCGACCGUAGUUGGAGGCGCGUCGUACGGCCUGUACAACCUCGGCAAGCGCUAUGUGUAUCCUCUUAUUGCUCCUCCCACGCCGGAGCGUCUCGAGCAGGACAAGAAGUCCGUUGACGAACAGUUCGACAAGACCUUCCAACUGGUUGAGCAGCUGGCCAAGGAUACCGAAGUCCUCAAGGCUUCGGAGCAGGAAAGGACAGAGAGGCUCGACAAUGCCCUUGAGGAGUUGGAGACUGUCGUCAGGGACCUCAAGGCGGCCAACAGACGCAGGGACGACGAAGCGCAGAGAGUACGGGACGAUGUGCAAAACCUCAGAGACUCGAUUCCAAGGGCACUCAACAACCAGAAGGACUUGACCGACAACAGGCUGCGCGAACUCAACACCGAACUCAAGAGCCUCAAGACCCUCAUCUCGCAACGCAUGAACCCAACCGCCACCUCGACUAGCGUCAACAACUACCUUCGCCCCAACGCUAACGGAAACGCGAUCCCUUCUUCGGCCCCUGCUACACCAGCCCUCGGCGGUGAGAAUGUGGACCCCAACAGCAGAGCCGCGAGUGUGCAGGAUGAGCAACCCAAAUACCAGCAGGAGCAGCAGUUCGUUCAACCUGCCGCCCCCAGGCCUUCGCCUUUCAGCAGCGGAAUCGCUUCCGCAGGCAAGCCGACUAUCCCUGCUUGGCAGUUGGCCAUGGCCAACAAAACCGCCUCGGCUUCGACGGUCGGAGUGACGAACGGUACUGCGAAUGAUGGAGCCAGCAGCAACGGAGGCGACGAAGCCGCUUAAAAAGCUGUUCUCCAACCAGGCACAACGAUAAAAUAGCACCGGAACUGGAUACAUUAAUCGGCAUGAACAUAAACCAAAAUGAGCGAUUCCCCCUUGUUUUCUGUACAGUAAUAGGCUCCUGUACGUUGUUUAAGCGGGACAGGACACAGUAGCAUUGUGAAGCAUGGGACCACUCAUUCAG